CAUCAAACUAAUCUCCAACUUCUCACAAAACUAACAAUAAUGCUAGCACUAUCUCCUCCCUUAUUUUCAACUCUUUUGUGGCCCUUCGACGAACCCAUAAGCCAUGAACAUAAUAAUAUCUAUGGAGAAACAGAAACUUCAGACUCAUUUCUUCCUUCUUCUUCAUCUCAACCACAAGCUGGACUUCUUGAUUCCACACCUUCUGUUGCAACUUUGGGUACUGAUGCAACAACCAUGGUUAAAAAGCUUAACCAUAAUGCUAGUGAACGAGAUCGGCGAAAGAAAAUUAACAGCUUGUAUUCUUCUCUUCGUUCACUGCUUCCUGCAGCAGAUCAAACGAAGAAAUUAAGCAUUCCGGUCACAGUCUCGCGUGUGCUAAAAUACGUACCAGAGUUACAAAAGGAAGUAGAGAAGCUGGUUCAAAAGAAGGAAGAACUAGUGUCAAGGAUUUCUAGGCAAGAAGAGCUGGUUCAGUAUUCUGGAAAGGAAAGAGAAGUAGCCAUACAAAACUCUCUGUCAUCUGUUUCAGCAAGUCUGGUAGGUGAUAGGGAAGUUUUGAUUCAGAUAUCUACACUUGGGAUCAAUAAAGGUUUACUACUCUCUGAGGCUCUAAUGAGUUUGGAGGAGGAUGGCCUUCUUCUGCUGCAUGCUUCUAAUUUUGAAUCCUUUGUAGAGAGGGUUUUCUAUAAUCUGCAUCUUCAGGUGCAGGGCACUCAAAACAUUGAGAUUGAGAUGAUAAGGGAGAAGCUCUUGUCAUUAUAUGAGAAGAGGAUACGAUGCUUGCCUUGAAUUUUUGGCUCUGAAUAGUCUAACAGGAGGUUGUAAAAUACAAAGGGAGGUAGUAAAAUACAAAAGACGAAUAUACUUAUCCCUCAACUAUGACCCUAAUCUCACUUUAUACCAUCAACCGUAGAGUAUCGCACAUUGUACCACCCCAAAAUCAAAAUAGUCGGCAUUUUUUGGAUGAAAAAUGUCCAAAUACCACACAUUUUCAACGUUUGCAAUUAGGCAUCGUAAAAAACAAUAACCACUGUGAGAGGUGCAAAUCCUGGGCCUACAAGAUGUCUUAAAGGUUGGGUGUGGGACAAAUUAUACUUGGUCAUUUUUCAUGGAAUUAAAGAUUCAAGAGUUCCACAAGUUCAGUACCGAAAAACUAGACAAAUGAGAGUUAUAAGCAAAAGGUAAUGGGGAGAUAGGAGUGAAGACGAUAGGCAAAAUAGAAACGGUUAAGGGCCUCCAAUGCCUUUAAAGUCUAAGCAGAAAGACUUAGCUCGGGUAGAACCGUGAAUAGAAUCUUGAACCUCUAUUUAGUCAAAUAACAACUAGAUUUUUUUCUGUUUUAUAAAAAAUAACACUGACCUUCCCCUCUUAGUCACGUUCGUUUCUUUUGUCUAAUAGAAAUAAGACAGUGACUAUAAUGCCCUUAAUCCAAAAGUUUCCCUACUUUUUUUUUUUGAUAUGAAACGGCAAACUUUAUUAAAUACUAAAUGAAAAUAUCCUUCCGGAGAAGAGGAUCCAAAAAUUAUGGAUAUUCCCCUCUCCAUGCAACAGAAUUAUUACAAUGAAAAGCAUAAUGAGCUAAUUUUAGUUAGUUCUUUAUGUCCAACAAUAAAAUACCAUGCCAUGCCACAAUAAAACACAAAAAAUCUAAUUUAUUGAAUUAGUGAAAUUGAUUUUCAAAAGGAAAAACAUAACCUAUUUUAUUAUUUUAAUGAAAUAAAUUUUAUCCCAAAAGUCAGACCAAAUCUAAUCAAUUUAAAAUUAAGUAAAAUUUAUCUUCGAGAACAAAUCAAUCUAAUUAAUUUUUUUAGUUAAGUUAAUUUUGUCCUUAAAUCGACGUAAUAAAUGAUUCUGCUAAUCAAUUCAAUUAAUUAAACUAAAUUUAAAUCAAUUUCAUUAAUAUAGUUAAUUUUGUACCCAAAAUUCAAACUUUAAUUUAGAGACAAAAUUAACUACGUAAUAACAUAUUCAAUUUUAAUAUUUAAUCACAUAAACAUACAAUAAAGGAUUAAUUGUAAACUGCACCCCAAAAGAUCGUUCGAAUCUCAAUUUGCACUCUCAAAGAUCAAAAAUUUUAAUUUGCACCCUCAAAGAUAAAAAUU